AGCCGGACCUGGAGGCCCCGGCGGCGGUGGCGGUGGAGCUGGAGCGGUCGCCGCCCAUCAGGCCGCCGCCUGUCGUCGAUCCCCCGCGCGGCGCAGGGCUUCUCCCGGGGGCGCCGCGGGUUCGGAGGGUCGGCGGCGGAGCGCAGGUUUCCUAAAAGACAGAAAAAUGGAGGAAUCAGUACACCAAAAGCAACCGUUGAAUGAGAAGCAGAUAGCCAAUUCUGAAGAUGGAUACGUAUGGCAAGUCACCGAUCUGAAUCGACUCCACCGGUUCUUAUGUUUUGGUUCUGAAGGUGGGACUUACUAUAUCAAAGAAGAGAAGCUGGGCCUGGAAAACGCCGAGGCUUUAAUUAGACUGAUUGAAGAUGGCAGAGGCUGUGAAGUGAUACAGGAGAUAAAGGCGUUCAGUCAAGAAGGCAGAACCGCCAAGCAAGAGCCUGUGCUCUUUGCGCUUGCCAUUUGCUCCCAGUGUUCUGACAUCAGCACGAAACAAGCAGCAUUUAAAGCUGUCUCUGAAGUUUGUCGCAUUCCUACACAUCUCUUUACUUUCAUCCAGUUUAAGAAAGAUCUGAAGGCAAGCAUGAAAUGUGGCAUGUGGGGUCGUGCCCUCCGGAAGGCUAUAGCAGACUGGUACAAUGAAAAAGGGGGCAUGGCCCUCGCCCUGGCUGUUACGAAAUAUAAACAAAGAAAUGGCUGGUCUCACAAAGACCUAUUAAGGUUGUCGCAUCUUAAGCCUUCCAGUGAAGGACUUGCUAUUGUGACCAAAUAUAUUACAAAGGGCUGGAAAGAGGUCCAUGAAUUGUAUAAAGAAAAAGCACUUUCUGUGGAGACUGAAAAGUUAUUAAAGUAUCUGGAGGCUGUGGAGAGAGUGAAGCACACAAAAGAUGAACUGGAAGUCAUCCAUCUAAUAGAAGAGCAUAGAUUAGUUAGGGAACAUCUUCUGACAAAUCACUUAAAGUCUAAAGAGAUCUGGAAAGCUUUGUUACAAGAAAUGCCUCUCACUGCAUUACUCAGAAACCUAGGAAAGAUGACUGCCAACUCAGUGCUUGAACCAGGAAAUUCAGAAGUAUCUUUAGUAUGUGAAAAACUGUGUAACGAAAAACUGUUAAAAAAGGCUCGUAUACAUCCAUUUCAUGUUCUGAUUGCAUUAGAAACUUAUAAAACAGGUCACGGGCUCAGAGGAAAACUGAAGUGGCGCCCUGAUGAAGACAUUCUGAAAGCUUUGGAUGUCGCUUUUUACAAAACCUUUAAGACAGUUGAGCCUACUGGAAAGCGUUUCUUGCUGGCUGUUGAUGUCAGUGCUUCUAUGAACCAAAGAGUUUUGGGCAGUAUACUCAACGCCAGCACGGUGGCUGCAGCCAUGUGCAUGGUUGUCACACGAACAGAAAAAGAUUUUUAUGUAGUUGCUUUUUCCGAUGAAAUGGUACCAUGUCCAUUGACUGCAGAUAUGACCUUGCAACAGGUUCUAAUGGUUAUGAAUCAGAUCCCAGCAGGUGGAACCGAUUGCUCGCUUCCAAUGAUCUGGGCUCAAAAGACAAAUACAGCUGCUGAUGUCUUCAUUGUCUUCACGGAUAAUGAGACCUUUGCUGGAGGUGUCCAUCCUGCUGUUGCUCUGAGGGAGUAUCGAAAGAAAAUGGAUAUUCCAGCUAAGCUGAUUGUUUGUGGAAUGACAUCAAACGGUUUUACCAUUGCAGACCCGGAUGACAGGGGCAUGUUGGAUAUGUGUGGCUUUGAUACUGGAGCUCUGGAUGUUAUUCGAAAUUUCACAUUAGAUGUGAUUUAACCGUAAGCACCAGCAUGAUCUCGGAGCUCCGUUGCCAUCAGGGAUCUCACUAAAAAUACGAAGCUCUUCCCAGCCAAGCAUAAUUGAAUGCAGGGUGAUAAAAGGAUGGUAAAGUAUGUGCAUAAUGGAAAACUUACCUUACCAAAAACAAAGGGAAGGAAACAGAAGACGACCCAAAGUAUUUUCUGUCUACUAAACCCGCUCUUGGGAAAUACUUCAGAAUACACUGUAGCUGCCUCUCUCUGAUGGAGAACUUCUUGUUGCUGGGCACUGUAAAUAGUCACAGUUGUUCUUUGCAUAAUAACCACAUUUGUACUUUAAAGAAGUGAGAGCCAAAAGUGUAAGUAGUUUCAUAUCAUGUCACUUGUUUGAGAAUUGCUUCAAGUUUUCUUAAAUGUUUUCAUUGGGAAAGGACAGCUUUGAUAAUGUCCAUAUACUCUGAAAUGCACUGGACCAUUUAACUGUGAUGGAACACGAAACUCAUCUGUAAACUUUUAUACCGAGGAGGUUUAAAAAAAAAAAAAGAUAUUUGAUUAAAUUUUGAAUGAGUUUUACAAAUUCCAUUGUUUUAUAAGAUCACAUUAAUAGCAGCUUUUUAAUUCAGUGAAAAAGAUAUUUUGUUUCCGAUGUCUUGUUUACACUUGAUUGUUACCAUUAACCAGAAGCCCCUUGGAAACCCCUGAGAAAACACUCUAAAGUUUGUGUCAGCCGAGGACGUGUAUUUGGUUUGCUUUUUGUUUGUUUUGGUGUAUUUUAUUGCUGUGAGUGAGGGGCGUGACUUGACAGUUUCCUCUGAAUUAUAACAGCAUAGCCACAGGUACUCACACUUUCCUUUUUUCAUACUAUUAAAACAAUGUAAAAUAUUUCAAGCAUUUAACUCCCCCACUCAUAAUCUGAAAGUAUGACAAUUAAAAUCUCAACUAUAACCAGAUAAGCUUUUUUCUUACUUUAAAAUAAAUAUUGUUCUAAUUACUUUUAGCUAUUUUUUUAGCCAAUUGUAAAUGGGUUUUAGAUAUUUUCUAACUGUAAAUGUGUCAGUGGCCUCCUAGGGCUUUGUCCAUUAUUCAUUUGUGGCAAAACAUUCUUUUUUGAUAGUGUAAAAAAAUCAAGCUAGGUCUUUCAAGUUUGAAAGGCAAUUUUUAAGUAGCAUAUUUUCCACUAACCAGUCUGUAAGAAAUUUUUUCUAUUUUAUUUGUGUAUAUUAAACUUCUUUUCAUUACACUAAAGUGCAUUAUUUUCUUAAGCACAUACCUCUUCUUUGUGGGGAGGUUUAACUGUUGAAAUGCCACUAUCUUUGCUCAUAAUUGUAUCAUGUUUGUCUAAGAUAGCUUAUACAUAAAACUCAAAUUUUUAUGUAUUCUUUAAAUAUUAAUUAAGACUUUACUGGGUCUUUAUAAAGCCCUUUUCACUGUAUGAAAAGUCAAACUAGUAAAUGUAAAUUAUAGCCAUUUACAUGCUCGAGCAGGUUAGAGGUUUUAUGUUUUUGGGGCAAGGGGGACUUUUAGUGGUGUUCAAAUUUGUGUGGAUAUUUUCUUCUGUUUCAUCGGAAAUUUGGGCUCUAGGAGUGACAAGAAAAUGUUCCUCUCAGAGUUGUUUGACAUAUUUAUGCUGGCUCUGAUAUGUAGCCAUUCCUUCAAGGCAACUGGUAGCAAUUGAUAAAUGUUGUGAUUUCCCUGAGAAUGUUUUGGUCAGCAAAGCUAAUAGCACCCCCCGCCUCCCCCCCAAAAAAUACAUUUCUUCUCAUGUCAUUCUGUUUUUAACCCUCUUUGUCAAGCGUGGGAUUUAACUUAUUAGCUACUUUUGAUACAUUAAAAUAUUGUGUUCAGAUUGAAUUUCAAGUUUAAAGAACCUAAUAGAAUUAUGUAAUAGUUUUUGAAUUCUUUAAGUACACCCAAGAUCUUCUUAAAUUAAAAAUUAUAACAUGAUCAAACUUUUUAUUCCCAAGAGAAAUGUUUAAUGGAAUAUAGUAUAAAAGUUUAUUUCCUUCAGUUAUGUACUAUUUCUAUAGUGCUUUUAGACGUGUUCACAAGCUAAUCUGAAAUCCAUCAGACAAGUCAGAUUAGAUGUGACCUUUUUGAAGUAUUUAGGUAAGUCUAAUUAAAUAGAUUAGGAUAUGAUUUCAGAAAGAAGAAAAAGAAUACUAAAAGCCACCCCAGAAGGUAACUAUUUUCAAAUCAUGGAAUUUUAGAGCUGGGAGAAACAGAAAUUUAAAAGGUAAUUUUUUAAUUUCAGGAUCCGAGGUCCAAGAGAGUGUGGCUUUGGAACACUAGAUCUGGAAAUCUGGGUCUCUUCAUUCCCAUUCCAGUAUUCGUUUCCCCGCAAAAUGGAAAAUAUUGACUCCCAAGAGUAGGGGAUAAAAUAGAGUUAUUCAAGACUUUUGUCUUUCUAGGUAUUAGGAAAUAAUGUAUAUACAUGAUUGCUUUAGGAGUAGAAUGUGGAGAAAUUGUGACCAUGGAUACUUUUGCAGUUCAUAGUAAUCCUCAAGCACAAUUAAUGUGUUAAGAACCUGUGUUGCUAUAUAACAUAAUCCUAUAGAAAAAAUAAAAAACUUGACCUCAUUAAGAAUAAAAUGUACUCAAGUGAUAACGAAGUUUUAUUUUCUGAAUUACUUUUAGGAUUACUGCUAUGUUAAUAUUUAGGGAAAUGUUUUAAAAACAAUCCUAAGAAAAAUAAACUUUGUUUCCUAGAAAAUAUGUACAUAUUUUCAGGAUAUAGCUGUAAUCAGUAAAACAAAAACUAAUCUUAUGAUCCUACUCUUCCUUGUUAGUUGAAAUUUCUUGGAAAUUCCGCUUAUUAACACUGUUAUAUAUUAUUUAGUUUAGUAGCUUUUAGGGAAACCUUAGCGAGGGAGAUGCUACGAAAUGGCAUUUAGUGUUAGCCCUCUGGAAUCUCUUUUGCUUUAUCUAAUUUACUGUGUCACUGUAGACAGCCCAUUUAACCUAUGGGGUUCAAGUUUGCUGUCUUUAAAAAGUAACAUCUGAUGAUUGGAUCAUAGAAGAAUCCAUGAAUUAAUAUUUGUAUAAAAGUUUAAAUUGGGAAUAGGGCUUGCAAUACAAAUUAGAACUUUUUACAAAUUAAAAACAAUAGGCUAUGUAUUUUGAAAGAGAAAAUGUCUUAGCAAAAUAGCUCAAUAGGCUCAAUAAUUUUUUAAAACAUUCCUGUUCUGAGUGGAAAUAUGGAAGAAGGAUUUUCACAGCAAAGCUGAGUGUUGACUAAGCAGUCAUUGAUCUCUGAUCAAGAGGAGGAAAGAGUAGGUUCCAAGUCUAAAGUCCCCUUGGAUAGACCUAGAAAAGCAAGCUCAUCCUCUAAAUGAAGAGAUGCUGUUAACAAACAUUUGCUUAAUCUUUUAAAGUAACUGGUCAAUCUACAAAUGAUUGAAUGUCAUUUGGGCAGGCUGUUUUUCUCAUUUUCUGAGGUUUUGCUAAACCAAUAUAAAAUCCUUUUGGAAAUUUAGGGCAGGUUUCCUCAAUAAAUUUGAGAAUCUGACAGUUUAUGUAAGAGACACCUUUAAAAGCACAAUAAAACUACAUGUCAACAAUAAUUAAAGGGAAUUCAUUGUGAUCACUUAGUGGAUUGAUUUUAAUUUGACCUAAAGAUGAUAUACCCACAAGUACAAAUUUCUUGUUAAGUGAUGCCCUUAGAGUAAGUAAUCAAAAAUGAAAAAUUCUAGUCUUGUAUACCACGGGUACCACGGGUUUGGGGUGAUUUAACAGACAUAGCUCCUCCAGAGAAAUGUCAUAGAGACUCAAUGUAAACGUACAAGGAAGCAUUAGGAAAAAUGAUAAAUUGAGCUCUGAAAUUAGUUGUAUUUACUGUAUAGAUUUUAGUUAGUACUUCCCUCUUAUCUGCCUCCCAGUGUCUCUUAUGUUGAAAGAUUACUUUUAUAGCUCUAUUUUUAUUUUCCACUUCCUUUCUUUUGACAUUUUAACCUUCUGUUUCUUGUUCUAGUCUUGCUCGACCUGGGUAGUAGAAGGAAUGACAAGGAAGUCACCCAUAUUUAGGGUUGGGAUGAAUCUUUUGCAGAUUACCUUUUGUUCCAUAUAGAUUUAAGAUCAUAUUUUUUUCAAAUUAAUAAUGGGCAGGUCUCUUGGAACAAUAAUUGGAUUGAUAUAUUCUCUCCCCAGAUUGUUAUAUUGUACACCUUUUGUAUUAGAUGUUUGCAGAAAUUUUGUGGCCUUUGAGUAAGAUCAAUUAUUCAGACUUUGUUUGCAAUUAUAGAUGUACCUAGCCCUUAGAAAAAGCACUUAGAAAAAGAAAUAACUGAAUACUCUUUCAGAAUAUAGCGUGUCUCAAUGCUUCUAUUUCCAUAACUGUAAAGACCGCGCCAUCAGAAUCUUUAGUCUUCUGAACACUUCCAUUAGCUUAUAUAUUCGUGGCUUGUAGCAUAACAGGUCUUGUAAAUAAUUUGUAUUGACAUUCAACUUUUUUUUUGAUUGGUGGAUUUUUUAUUUGCUAAUUCUGUGGUAAUAUUUUUCAUGCAGAAAACUAAUGUAGUUAAGCAUACUGUUUGAAUACAAUUACAAUUAAUGACAAGUUUUUCCUAAACCCUGAAAAUACUAAAUUAUAUUGGGAAUUACUAGAAAGAGACAUAAACUAGAGUUAUGUUGCAAAAUUCUAUUACUGAAAUUAAAGUGAUACUUUUCCAUGAGAAUGAAUUUUGUAAAUACAAUGAAAAUACACAAAAGCUGUUUCUGAGCCUAAAGAGAUUUUGCCAUUUGCUUCUAUUUAAUUUAGCAGCACCAGGAUUAAUAUUAAUUUUAUGAACACAAGUGGUAAUAUUUAAUUUUAAAAUAUAUUUAAAUUUCUGUACUUUAAGAAGUUGUCAGAAUUUGUGCUUGAACAAAAGAAAUAGUAAGUUAGCUACAUUUCUGCUGGUUUCACUUAAUGAACACUUGGAUUCUUAACGGUAGCGAAUGAGGUUAAAGCCUUGCUAUUUUAUGUAGCGUCACCACAUAUAACUGACAGAGUGUUAUAUCAAUACAAACAUUGUAUUGAAACUUCUCUGCAAAUUACUUGUUAGGCUUUAUGUGUAAUUAAACUGUUUAGAAUCCAUACACAGCCAAAUUAAAUUUAAAAUAGUACACAAUUAAUAGUAAUCAAGAAAAAAUGUUUUUCUUGCACUAUUAUUCUGAAUAUGGACUACAGAUGAUUUGGUGUGGUGUGACAAGACAUAACUUUUGUAAUACUUUUGAGUUAUAUUUUCUUCCUUUUAUUGCCAGCUUCUGAUAAUGAAGAAAUUCUUCAAAGGGAUGACAGAAAUGAACUCAUUUUUUAAAAAAAAAUUGGUUAAGGGAGAAUUGUUAUAGUCUAGUUCUAAACUGUCCAUUUGCUUUAUAUAAAGGCUUUGAUUUCCAUAAUUGACCACUUGAUGAGUAUUUAAAUUACACAAAAUAAUGCCUGCUUAGAAUAAAAUUUAAGUAUGCAAGAGCCUUAAAGUGAAAAAAAUGAACCUCUGACUGCCUUAAAAUAUGACUAGCUCUCCAACCAGGCAUUCUAGUUACUUUCCACUGGGUCUGUCCACUAAGUAAGGCCUUAAUAGCAUUAGUGCUUCUGAAGUCCAGGGCUCGAGAAGUCUUUUAGAGCUUUCACUUUUACAUCAUGAAUGGAGAUUUAACUCUUGAGUUUUAAAACCUGAUUGCACAUUAGUAGUUUGAGCACCCAUUAACAGGAUAAUCUGGGUACGCGGGUGUGUGACACAUACAUGUCUGUUAACAUCAGUAAUAUUUUGUGGUAGUUAAGGUUUUUUAUUGUUUUGUAGAACAAAUUAUCCAAGCAGCUGGAUCUUAUGUCACCUGAUCUCCAAGGACCAAGUUGCAUAUUUAAACACUAUGAAUGAAAAAUACAGUUGUACAGUUCCAAAAAUGAUUAAUUUUUUAAGGGAAUUUUUCAAGACAAAAGGCAAAUAUUUUGUUCAAGCCUACAAGCAAAUUCAUUGAAAGAAGUAAAUAUAGUUGUAAAACAUUGCGACUGUUGUAAUAAAAAGUAUCCAGGCCAGUGAUUCAUUGAAUUAUAUUCACAUUUUUACAAUCACUUUGCCUUUUAAAGCAGGGAUAUUUUAUAAAACUGAAAGAAAACUAAAUUGUCAAGCUGGUGCUGAAAACUCUAUAAAGUUUGAUUCAUAACAAGUUUCAUUUCAAAGGAAAGGACCCUGGAAGGAGGCGGGGGUUUCCUGGGUCUGUUGAUAAACUCACUGAGGCUUCGUCGAGUCUUCCAAGCUUGCACUGUAAAUAAUAUACCUAACAAAGUAAUUUUGCUGUCUUCUGAUAGAAAAUGAAUGAAACACUAAUGUAUUAAACUUCUUUGAUGAUAAAGCAGUUUUCACCAAAUCCGAGAAAUGUUGACCUUCUCUCCUUUCUAGCCUUGCAAAAUACCGUAGUGAAUAUAAACCGUUUGAGACAUGGAGGCAGGUGGGCACUGAGUGAACUGGUUCUGGUCAGUUGUAUUAUUGUAGAAAACGAUAGAUGUACCAAAUAAACUCUAUGCACAGCAAA